CUGCGACCACAGAGGAGGAAGAGGAGGAAGCCGCGGAGCGACAAGAUCCAGAGCGGCAGGGAGACGCGAUACAAAACCUACAGAACCAUCUGAUUAAAGAAGAAGAGGAAGAGGCAGAGGAAGAGGAAGAGGCAGAGGAAGAGGAGAAUUUUGACGCGCCUUCACCUCGCGGAUAAAACGAGCUGAGCAGCAGCAGAAGGCGGAGACGCGUCAUCGCGCUCUUCCUCCUCAUCAGUGAACGAGUGAAGAAGAAGAGGAGCGGAGGAAGAACCGUGACGAACCUCGGACCCAAAACGACGAAGGACGCGGUGUAGGAAACCUCCCCCCCUCCCCUUCCCGGACCAGGGCCGAUUUUGCAGCGCGGCGCGGCGACACCAUGAAGGACCGUACGGCGGAACUGCGAAGUGCGAAGGACAGUGAUGAUGAUGAGGAGGUGGUGCAGGUCGACAGGGACCACUUCAUGGAUGAGUUCUUUGAACAGGUGGAGGAGAUCAGAGGCUGCAUAGAAAAGCUGUCAGAGGAUGUGGAGCAGGUGAAGAAGCAGCACAGCGCCAUCCUGGCCGCACCCAACCCUGACGAAAAGACCAAGCAGGAGUUGGAGGACCUCACAGCUGACAUCAAGAAAACAGCUAAUAAAGUUCGUUCAAAAUUAAAAGCGAUUGAGCAGAGCAUCGAGCAGGAGGAGGGUCUCAACAGAUCAUCGGCGGACCUCAGGAUCCGCAAGACACAGCACUCCACGCUGUCACGUAAGUUUGUGGAGGUGAUGACUGAGUACAACACCACGCAGUCCAAGUACCGCGACCGCUGCAAGGACCGCAUCCAGAGACAGCUGGAGAUCACUGGGAGAACCACCACCAAUGAGGAGCUGGAGGACAUGUUGGAGAGCGGCAAGCUGGCCAUCUUCACCGAUGAUAUUAAGAUGGACUCUCAGAUGACGAAGCAGGCUCUGAAUGAGAUCGAGACCCGACACACAGAGAUCAUCAAGCUGGAAAACAGCAUCCGUGAGCUCCACGACAUGUUUGUGGAUAUGGCCAUGCUGGUCGAGAGCCAGGGAGAGAUGAUUGACAGAAUUGAGUACAACGUGGAACACUCCGUCGACUACGUGGAGCGAGCCGUGUCUGACACCAAGAAGGCCGUCAAAUACCAGAGCCAGGCUCGCAAGAAGAAGAUCAUGAUCAUCAUCUGCUGCGUCAUCCUGGGCGUGGUCCUGGCGUCGACCAUCGGUGGAACGCUGGGCUUCUAAGACGCCGCCUGCCGCUGUGAUGACCGACACCGACCGCCCGUCUGACUGACAGCCAGCAGAGAAAAGAAACACCAAUGACGAAAACAACACAAAAACUUGAAACACAAAUGCAAGACAGAAAACCUAUUAGCUAGGAAGAGAUAACAGUCUCAUCACAGAUAAGAGGAAACACCACGGGGUUGGGUGGGGUUCAAAAGAAAGACAAAAUAAUACAAUAAAAACACCAUCGCAUUAUAGCUGACAUAAAUACAUAACAUAUAAACAGAGGGUACAAAUAGUCCAACUAUUUAUUACAGAUGUAUGUGUACACGUGUUGAACAUGAAGCAACACAUGGGUUAGCUACCUGUAAAAGAUUAUGACCUAAAAUAUGACUUUUACUCUGUUUGUUUGUUUCUUUUACUUUGUUCUUAUUCUUUAAGUUUCUUUCAUCUUUGGAGAGUCUCCGAGGACAGCGAUGGCGCUGCUGUGUCUGCGGGACGACUUCCAGAGACAACCUUUCUUUGUUUAUUUUCUGGUAACUGAGCUUAUUCUGAAUCAAUGAGCUCAUGUCUUUCGACUACAAAACGCUCACCUCCAUCUUUUCAGCUCCGUCAGAACCUUCCAAAGCUCUGGGUCUUUGGAACUGAAGGUUGGAGAGCGCAGAUGUGAGUGAAGCAAGGCUCUGGAACUUUGUCCCGCAGGACGAGCAGCUUCUGUGUUGGUCCAACCGACCUCGUCUAGUUGUUUCUAGGAGGCAGGGCCCGACUUCGCCGUUGCCUCAGCCAUCUCUUAAAACCAUCCCUCAUUGGUUGCUCACUCCUGUCAUUCACCUCAGUCAGCCUGUAAAAUGCCAGCUGCCUCAGUCGUUAUAAACAGAAUGAAGCGACAACCACAGAGCAUGGGGAGGGAGCCCUCUAGUGGUAGAACAUGUUGACUGAUGGGUGAAUGGUGGGAAAGAACCGCGGUGGGAGGGUUAAAGGGAAGGUGGGAGGAGACAGACGGUCAAUCUAUGCAGUUUAGAUGACAGGAAGACGACCUGUCCCGCCUCUCCUGCCCAGAGAGCCAAUGAAGAUAGGUCGCUGAGAUAUCGUCAUCAAAGCCGGCUGUCGUCUCCACAUCCGUCAUAUCUGUUCUUCUGGAAGAUUCUAAAAAAGGAAGAACAUAUUAAAAUUAAAGAAUAAAAUAGAGUAAAAUGAAACAUUUAAAAACGUACAAACAAGUCAGACAACAAAGCAGAUGGACAGAAAACGUAGAAAACCCUUUAGUGGCUGGUGUGCCCCGGUCACUGAGUGUCGUGGUCAAUUGUUGCUUUUUGUUUUUCAAAGGGGAGCGUUUGUUGCUUCGUUGUUGUGUGGUGCUGCUGUUCUAGUGCGUGUCGUAUCGGCCUCAUCAUUUAGUGGUCGUUGUUUAGUCCGUAUGAUUUGAUGCAUUUGCCUGUUUCCUUCUUGCAUCCCAGUGUGUGUGUGUGUGUGUGUGUGUGUGUGUGUGUGUGUGUGUGUGUGUGUGGGUGUGUGUGUGUGUGUGAGUGUGUGUGUGAGUGUGUGUGUGAUUUCAACUCACACUAUUUGAAUGCCUGACCUACACAGGUGCUACUUAACAGCAGAGGAUGGUUCCUCAGUGGAAGGUGGAACAUGUGACACACACACAUUCACAGCACAUGACACACAUGAACAUUUGAUGUUUCACACACGUGAAAUUCCCCCUUAACACACACACCUUUAACUUUCCCGUGUCCCACAUCAUGCCAACGCUAGUGUUAGACUGUGUGGCUUAGCAUGCUGUAGCGUUAGCUUGUGUAGAUCAUGUAGGAGCUGCUUGUUGGAGAUUGAUGAGUUUUCUGGUAUUUUUGAUGUUAAAGACAUUUUCCUGAUGUUCAGAACAACGAGGGAAAGAAUUAAGAAACAUUUUCUUCUUCCUCCUGGAGAUUGUAGCCUGACAGAACAUAAUCUGAACGUUAGCUUCGAUCGCUCUCUUAGCUGAGUGCUUAUCAGUUUGUAAGCUAGUAGCUAGCUUAUAAGAUUAUAGUUUUCAGCUUACAGCAGUAAAACAUUUGGACACUGCAAACGUGGCAAUAUACAGAAAGCAAAAAACACCCACUUUGUGUUAGCAUUAGCAGCUAUCAGAAUGUUUGCACAAGACGACCGGACUUCUCUGCUUCUUUUUACAGAAAUGACGCUGAAAAGAACGUGCUAAUUUAAAUUAGGCUAAUCAUGACUAAGUGACAGAAACAAGUGAGUCAUCACUGUGUUCUGAGUAUUAUGUUCACGUCACCAGAGCUCUAGACUGAGACAACAUACACCUGCAUUAAACCUCAACACUAUUUGUUGUAAAAGCAUAGGUUGUUCUGUUGCUGAAAAUGUGAUCUAUGUUGAGUCGUAACACAAAUGUGUGUGUUGCCCCAAACUGGACAUACGGGUGUGUUGACAACUGCGAAGUUGUAGUUUGAUGGAGGACGUUGGUCUGUGCACAGGCUCUGUGAUACGAAGGGUCACUGACCUCUGCUGAGGCCUGUGCUGGACGACGUUUCACCCUCACAACACUUUCACUGUCCGUUUAGCCUUAUCCACAAAUACCACCUUAAAUGAAAACUACGCUCGAAGCAAUAAACUCGUUCAGUUUCAUUUGACCGACACAGUGUUUGCUAGCUCGCUAACGCUGUGUCUUGAAUCUGCCCCGAGGUUUAUCAAGUUGGGACGUUAUUUGAUGUUUACAUUUGUUCUCUGGAUGAAUGAAGGAUACUGACAAAAAACUGAGACAGAAAACUCCUGAUCCUUUGAUUAAAAGUCAAAUCGCUUGUCACUCUGACAAGAUGCUGGAGCAGAAUCUGGUGUUUGACAGGAGUCGCUCGAAGCACCGGAGCCACAGCGUGGUUCACCACUCUUCGUGCCAGCUGCUCUUUCAAGGCGUCCAGGGCGACAUGCCGACAUGAGGAAAGAGUCUCUGUUGAAUGUUUUGACUUUUAUCGAGAGUCCAUGUUGUUCGUGCUGUAACGUGUUCGCUAGAUGAAAAAAAAGGAUCAGAAUUUUUAUGUUCGGAGAAAGCUGAGAUGGGAACUUUUUAUUUUAUUCUUUUAAUUCUCAAAACGAAAAUUGAACCCAUUUCCAGUAAAGCAAAGAGCCCCAACCCCUCCAAGCAGCAACGUCCAAUAGAUGUUUGUUCAGAUUCAUAGUAGAUUUAGAUGAAUUAAGCACUUUCUCUGAUAAUGUGUUGUCAAUGUUCAUGGCUACAUUCAGUCUUUACGAGUGGUUUCCAAGUGGUUUUGUUGGAGUGUAGUAUCAACAUUAGAAACCAGAUAUUGUUCCCCCUGUGACUCAGAUCCUGACUGUGUUGGAUUCUACAUUUCCCAGGUGUCUUGUUCUGUUUCAGAGCUCUGCUUCACAAGUGUUUGACAUAUUUAGGGAAUUCACAAAUCCAGAAAACUGCUGUUUUCAAAGUCAAUACAUUUGACUCCAUCAAUCACAGUGCUCUGUUGGUCACCUGCCUGUGGCCUCCUCAAGACAGCCACACAGAGGUCAGGGCAGGAACAGGCUCUCAGCGGUCGAGGGUUGUCGGGUGCCUGGUGAGGUGGUGGUGAUUGCGGUGGAUUAAAUCAGUGAUGUGUGGAUGCCGUCGUGAUACCAGCCAGCUUGUGAGCACUGACUUUUCUUUGUUGUAUGUGAACAUGUGUACAUGAGGUUCCUGUUCCAUCAGGCCCCGCCCCUGCUUUCUCGUCCUGCUGUCAUCGCUCCUCCCAUUUGUUUUGUAGUUGUUUGACUGUUCAUAAAAAUGAUGUUCAGGCUCGGCCCUCACCUUCCCCAGCAGACCCCACAAAUCCCGUUGUGUGAUAAUAAUAAUAAUAAUAAUAAUAAUAAUAAUAAUAAAGGCAUGCAAAAGCAGUGUGGAGUUUGCAUGAUGGUGUUUUUGUACCCCAACCCCAAGCAGCCUCCACCUCAUGCACUUUACCGCUCAUGGACCCAUCUUUGGUUAGCCCUACUUAACUUGUUCUUAACUUGUUCCAACUUAUUCUGCUGUUUCAAUUAUUUGAAUUUAAUUUAAAUGUUAAACACACGUUGGUGUUAAGUGUCAAUGGGUUGUUUGUAACAUAUUGUUGUAACAUUGUGGAAAAGUUGAUACUUUUCAAAUAUGCUGCCAUCAACUUCAUCUUAACUGCUUCCCCCCCCAAGACCUGACGUUGAGCUCCGAACUUCCUGUGAGGUCACGACCCUGUGUUGUGUUUUUGUGGAGUUUUCGCCAUCUUUGAUUACUGUAUUAAGUGUGGAGCCCUCGACCUGUGGGCUAGCUUCAUGUCGCCCUGCCUGGCCUUGUGUGUGUGCUGCAUGCCUCCCUCCCUUCCUCCAGUGAUACAAGAUUGGUGCAUAAAUGUGUGAGUGUGUGUGUGUGUGUGUGUGUGUGUGUGUGUUUGUGUCAGAGCAGCACAGGUGUGUUUUGAUGUGCAAAGCAUCCGAUCGCAGGUUCAAGGGUUGAAGCCGUUUGACGUGUUGUUAGUUAUUUUUUUUUAAGUCAAGAAAUAAUAGAUUAGACAUAUUUAUGGACACCAUGGUCACUGUUAUUGUUAUUAUAUUUAUGUAUAUUCAAACCAAAGGUUUUUUUGCUUUCCCCUCUUGUGUUCUCAAAAGUUUUGCCGCUUAUAUCAAAGAGCACAACGCGAGUCAAGUUUACGGAGUUACGUCCAAAAUGAAAAAGUAUAAAGUAGAAUAAAACAUAAAGUGGUACCAUAACUAUAAAAUCAUAAGCCCAGCACCCCCUGCCCAACACCACCCCUCACUGCAUGUUGGUCUGUCCAAUCAAAUCUUACAAACCAUUCCAACACUUAUCUCGCACCACAAAAACGAUGUCUGGCUCGGCCCCACCUUUCCUUUCCACUUGUAGAUGUUAGUUUGUCGUCACAUGAGUGGAGGAAUAUGACACAUAAUCAUCUGUGAAAAACUAGCAUAUGUACAUUUAUCCAUUUGAGACGUAUAAGGAGACAAUGGUUGUGCGUUCUUAUUCUAUUUAUUAAUUGCUGUUAAUCUGGUUAUGAUGGUGUCAUUCAUUAGUGAGCAGCUUGUUUCAGUCUCUGAGUUCACACUACAGGUCAAUGCUUGUCUGCAGGUUUGAAGGAUUUGCUAGCGGGUCAGUCGCGGGACUGAGACAACCGGAAGAAGCUUCCUCACUGUUUGUGUGCAAAUAACAUUAAAUUCCACUAAGAUAGCAGUCGGGUAAACUGGGAAGAAGCAGUGCUAGCUAACCGCUCUGUUGUAAUUGAUUGAAAUGUCACCACUCAAUUAUUUCUGUUGUUUGACUCUUUACCUCGACUGCACUUUUCUCGGAACACACAUGAAUAUUACAUUUGGAGAUUCGUAUAAAAGCUAGACGGCUACCAAGUGUGACAUCUUUGCCUUUGAUGAAAACAAGUGCAAGUUAUGCAAACACUAACGUAGUGAUUUAUCUAACUUGACUCAUCUGCGCCACACGGAGGUCCGAUCAGAAAUCAUGGUCUCUGAUGUCUAUGCACAUCAUCCUGUACAAAGAGAAAGAUUUAUUUAGAUUUAUUUAGGGGUUGUUUUUGCAGCAGGUUGUCGUACAGCGUCCUGCAUCGAUGAUUGUCACUACAUUUUUUCCCAUUAAAACUAAUUCUGGUCUUCAACCUUAAUCUACAAAGUUCUGAUUGGCUCAGCUGGUUUUUGGUCAAUUGAUCAUAUAAAUUGUAUCCAGAGGACCUGUAUAUGAUUACUGUUGUGCACAUGCUAGAACGAUAAUUGAUCCUUUUACUGCAACUGAGAAGAAAUUGAGGUGUGACAGAACAUCAUCACCUGGGGUCCAGUGUUAGCUCGUUAGCUAGCUAGCUCCAAUAAACCUUCAAUCAGCAUUUUCCUGUUUGUGACAAAAAACUGCAGCCUUAUCCACUGAAGUCACAUAUAGACAAGAACACACACAUACACACAUAUCAUACAUAUAUAUCUCUUACACCAACAAACUGCAUUUCUAUAACUGUAUGUAUGUGGCUCCGUGGCCAUUAAGCGCUUCUAUUGGCUGUGUACAGUUUUUUCAGAGCGGGGUAUCGAAAGCAGGAAAAAAUCAUCCGGAGAGAGUUUGGAUGCGACGCCAAGACUCCAAAGAUUGAUUUACCGUUAGCCGUUAGCUGUUAGCCGUUAGCCGUUAGCGUAUGUGUGUGUGUGGAAGUAACGUGGCAUGUUGUCUCCCACACUAAUUGAAAAUGGACUCUUUGAUCAGACGUGUGUGGACACAUUAGGUCUGUCUUUAUUUCUGCAGAUUCAUUUGUUUAUUUGAACCAGACGAGCGUCUGUCUUCCAUGUUCGUCCACAACAGACGCUGAGUAUCAGACUGUGAGGAUUCAACGUAGUUGUACUUUUUGUUCCUCCGUUGUCGGAAAACUAAACUCUUCUCUGCGAUGAUUUUUGUCUUCCUGAAACAAUUUUCAAAAACCAAAACCUGUUCAGUGCCCUGCUCUGGAUGAUGAUAAAUGAAAUGUUUGUUCGUUGUGGCUUCUUCCUGCUUCUGUCGGCAGUAGCAGCUGCAACUUGAUAUUAACUGUUGUUUCUGACGAUGAUUUAUUUGAUGCUCCGCCCACUCGUCGUAUGAGACAGUAUUUGAUUUGAUCAGUGUUUUUUCCCUAGUGGGGGGUGGGAGAGGUCAGGGAAGGGACCAUGGAGAUAGACUACACCCACAAGGCCUCUGCCACAGCUAGUAGGAAACUUAAAUAACUUUAUCAUGAAUAUUAUUGUUAUUAUUAUUAUUACCAUUAACGACAAAUAAAAUGCAGUAAAACAUUUGCAAAAACCCAGAAGGAGAACGAACGGCUUCACGCAAAGUGAUCAAACAUAAAAAAGGAGAUUCUAUAAUAGCAAUGAAUUAAAGAAGUACAAACUGAGUUAUGUUAUCAUAAAUAAUAGUAGUAAUAUUGAAUGCUCGCAAUUUUGUCAAACUGAAACUGGAUUCUUUGUGUUAUGUAAUUAUUGUAAAUAACUUCAAAGAGAGAAAAAAUGACUUGCAUGUCUAUGUAUAAAUCUCAUGAGAUAUCUAUUCCCGUCAAAGUUGACACGUAGUUCGAUCUCUGUCCUUUUUCGACACUUUCGCUUCUCCUGUCAAAUAUCGCCCGUCCAAGACUCCGCCCUCCAACCUUCUCUUCUUUCCUUGUGGCAGAGGGACAGAAACAGAGAGAGGGAGAAACGUGGCCUCCAGCGUCCUCGUCCGUCACGCUCCGUUCAGACUCGUGUUUACACCGCCUGCUGAAACCUGGGAUCCAGCAGCUGUUUACUCAACCACAUCUUUUUAUUCAUUUCUGUCUCAAAUUCAAAUCCCCGACAGAAGUGGACGGAUCUGGAGUUUCAGCAGGUUCCGUUCCUCGGGGGCGUAAACACGGUGUCGACCACACAUCAUCCAUCACUCCAGUUCCAGAGGAACCGCCCACUGGCUCCUCUGAUGAAAGUGCUUCCCUCCAUAUUAGGAAAAUAAGUCCCGCCUCCAGGGCUUUCCAGGCCACACCCCCUGAUCACUUCAGAAGCCCUGUUAGCGGUUUGAACUCUCUCUCUCCCUCUGUUUAUCACUGUCUCUCGACCACAGCUCAUUAGCCAACCGAAACCUCGGACUCUUCACUUGCCACUUGUACCCAGAGCUCAGCCAGAUCCCGAGAAGCGCCCCAACAGCCCCCCCCCACACACCCAGCUGCCGACGGGUAGAGCGUCAACUGUUACUGAAACAAACGAGGUAUCGUCCCACAUAGACGUCCCGUCUGUCAGCGUCUCAACAGCUGAUCCUCCUCAUGUCUCCAUGACUGAGUGACGGAAAGCUAAAGGCGUCAUCACGGUAACAGUCCGUUUCCCUGACGUGUCUCAAGGUUGUUAGGACGUUAGCACCAGGACAUUAGCACCAGUACGUUAGCACCAGGACGUUAGCAGCAGGACGUUAGCACCAGGACGUUAGCACCAGGACGUUAGCACCAGGACGUUAGCACCAGGACGUUAGCACCAUCGUAUUCCAACAUACCGGUUCCUGCAGGAGUUCUUCGCUUUAGUUUCUCAAAGCAUUGAAGCACAAGACUUCGCUCAGAGGUCAAACAGAAAAUCAAAUCUCAGGCUACAUCCAUACGACUUCAUUAAAAAAACAAAUUGUCUGACGUCAGAAAACAGAGAAGUUUAUAUACUGCUAGUCCCGAUCUAGUUUUCAAACUAGAAAAAUCUAGUUUUCAAACUAGAUCGGGAUUAGAGCUGCGUUCCAUUCUGGAUGAACAAAAGCUGAGAUGUUUGGAAACGUAGACACUCACAGCCUCUUGCUGAUUGGUUCUUUUCAGUCAAGACAAAGACUUCUCUGAUUUGUCUCCUGUCACAUGACCUCUUUCCAAAAGAAAACACCUAUCCUCAGCUACCAGAGUAGAAACAACACGGAGGAAAAAGACUUGCUGACCCGUUAUUCUUUGCUAACAACUGCUGUUCAGUUCGUUUCGGCAACUAACAACCCGAAAGCUUCGUGUAUGAGGGUGCGUUAGCGUGAACAGACUGAAAUCGACGAGACAGAGAUCGGCUUGAUGUGGUGUGGACGUAGCCUCGAUCCUUUGCCACAAACCAGUUGAACGUUGUCAUGUUUCUCUGAGAAGGUUCGGCUGACGGAAGGCGCUCAGGUUUGUGCGGAGGAGCUUUACAGAGUGAUUUGGUUCGAGUGCAGCUUCGAUGGGUUUGAGGAAAACGUUCGUCUCCGAGUCGCCACCUAGUGUUGGGCCCGGCCUGUCGCCUCCCACAGGCCUACCACAACAAUGAGUGCAAUAUACAGAGAAUCAAGGGCUUUUCUAUUCAUGCAGAGGCGUUCAGGCCCGGCCAAUGAGCUGCGAGCUCCUGCAGGAACUGACGUCAUCACACAAACCCUGGAACGAGGCCUCGUAGAGAUCUGAGCUGUCUCUGGGGACAGGGCCGCAAAGAGACGUGAGGACAGAGACGAAGGAGGACAGGGCCAUCGCCAUUUAGACGCAACUUUGACCGGAAAUGCAACUUGUGUCCCGUUUUUUUUGUGUGCGUGUAUGUGUGCGUAGCGUAAUGUAAAAGCGAUCUGUCCCCCCCCCUCCAACCCCCCUUUCCUCCCCCCCUCUCUCGUACUGCUGUUGGCUGUUCUGUUUAGUUCAUGUGAUGUGCCAGUACCCCCCCUUUACCAAUUUGCCAACCCCCCCCCUCCUCUCUUGUGCCCCGCCCCCAUGGAUCUUUAAGAUGACAACUCUAUGCAGAUGCUGUCUUUUAUAAGUGUGUCAAAUUUUAAUUUAAAAUAAAAACUUAAAAAAACAAACCCUGACAGACAUAUUGAAAUGACAAAAAACGAAUAAAGAAAAGGAUUGUUAAGUGUU